CACAGCCAACCCUGGUAGGUAGCGAGCGGCUGUUUGGCUGGAACAACUGCGGGCGCGGAAUUCUCUCUGUCUUUCUUCUCCGGCGGAAGGCCUAGAUCUGCCCCGUUUCCGGUGGGCUGAACCCCGUCAUUUCAGAUGCCGUUUGCAGACGUAGUCCGUUUUUACGUUUCGGUAUCUGUCAAAAUCGGAUUUUCUUAUCUAUCCAAGAUUCUCCCAAGGUUUUGAAUCUUGACUUUUUUACUUUGCUUCUUUUUGUUGAUGAUACUUCUGUUUUGCCCAAUAGUUCAGGGUUCUGUCCGAAACCAGUUUUCUUAAUAUGAUUGAAUAAGUUUAAUCUUUUGGACCUUCUAAAUCUGUAUUUAACUUUUUGUUUUAAUUUGUCAAUCCAGUUCAUCCGUAAACUAAUACUGCGUAUUAAUUUAUAGGGCCUGCUUCUAUUUAUUUUUCUUUCCCUGCCUUUCGAGAUCGUUAUCUUAAUCGUUAUGUUAUUAAGAUAACGAUUAAGGAAGCAGAAACAGAAGUUGGAUCUGAUUCUCAAAACUGAUUCUGCUCUUCAGGGAGCAAAAGCAGAAGCUGGAGUGUUUGGUGAAAUUCCAGUAGCACUUUUGGUGCUCUAAUUUACUCUCAGGAUCAGUUUUUUUAGAAGCUGGUGGUAUCAACUUCUGAAAACUGAUUCUGAUUUUCUUCUGCUUUAAAAAAGAAGCAGAAACAUAAUCACUUCCAAACACCUCCUUAGAACCAUAAGCCUAUGCUGUAUUCUUAUGUAAUUAUUACUUGUACAGCUAAGUAGCACGGAAAUGGGAAACGGGAAACGUGAAAUGGGAAACGUGAAAUGGGAAACGAGAAACGCGAGAAACGUAAUUUCUAAAAAAUAUAGGACACGAACUGUGGGGGAAAUGUGUAAAUAUUACUACCUCCGUCUCUAAAUGUUCUUCCAAAAUAAAGUGGCACACUGAUUAAGAAAGUGGGAAUUGUGUGGUGGAGAGUUGUGCAGAGGAGAGAAAUGUUGUGAACCACAAAUUCUUUGUCAAAAAGGGAAAGUGAAGUUCUUUUUGGGACGGACGAAAAGGGAAAGUUGGAAGUUCAUUUAGGGACAGAGGGAGUAUAAAAUAUAAGGAUAUAUUUAUAAAUAUUUUUUAAUAUGUGUACACAAGUUUUUCCAUAUGCACAUGUUUUUAAUAUAAUUUGUUUAGUAACCAAAUAAUAAAAUCACUCUACACGUUUGAAUUUAGAUAUUAUUUCAUAUUAGUACAUAAUUAAAUAUAAAAUGUACGGAGUAAUACAUUUCUAGCAAUACAUUGCGUUACGAAAUGUAACAAGUGUUGCCGCUAAGAAAUACCAUAAAAAUUCACUAUAAAAAUUAUCUUCCACCACAGAAUCUUUUGAAAAAGAAAAAAAAUUGGAAUCUGAGGUUUCCGAAACGUAGUAAAACGGGUUUCCAAAUAUUUCUUAAUUACGGAAACGGCCCCAAAAUGGGAAUUUGAAGUUUCUGAGUUUCCGAAACGCUUCCGAGUUUCCGAAACAUGGAAACGUGAGCCAUGGAGAGUUUCCGUGUUUCCUAACUUGUACAGUGUGGGAUGCCUUAACAACUUUAAAGAGAGUUAUGUAAUAAUAGAUGUUUGUGGAUUGCAUUGGAGAUGUGCCAUAUAACAUGGCCUAGAGGUUGAUAUUUGGAGUGCGAGUGUUCUUCCCGUUUGGGCAGUUCUGUUUCACCUCUAUUACUCUACCAUUUUCCCAUUUUUCUAAUGGAGUAAAGGGUCAGUUUGGUCCUCGAAGUUGCAAAAAACGCGUCAAAUAAGUCCUUAUAUAGAAGAUUCUGUCCGGACGUGCCAUUUGAGGUGGCUCCCGGUGGAAUUUUGUGAUAAAUUGUUUUGAGCAUCUUAUUCAUUAAGUCUAGUUUACUCAUACCAAAUUUCAGAUAAAAAUUCAAUCGGGAAGACAUUCAAAUGAAUUCUUGAAUAUAACAGCGCUUUUAACGGCACAUAUAACCCUGCCAGGGCCUCAUCGGCUUGACGCUUCUCUGCCUGAUAUCGCUCCAUCCUCUAGAGCAGUUCUCCGAGACCGAGGGCAGCCUGCAAAUCAACACCAUCACAGAACAAAGGCUAAGUUAUCAAGAUAAGGAUAUGCUAGGGCCAAACAACUCAGGGAAAAGGGAGAAGAAAAACACUUACCGUGACAGAAGCUUGGAGAACUUUUGCGCUGAGGGCGUCGUCCUUGGCCCUCGAAAGCACUGACUUGUCAGUCGGGGGCGUGGCACCCUUCAGGAACUCCCUCGGGUUGAGGGUGCCAUGCAUGAUGGCGGUCCCCUUGGUAAUAGAGAACUGCACAUUCUCCUGGGGCCACGACAUCUCAGCUGUUUGGCCCGGGACUUCGGAGGAGGAGUUUUCCUCGACGAUGACGACGGGGGCGUUUUUCUCCUCGGUGGCCCCCUUCCUUUGUUUCUUCCCUUAGGGGAGCACCGCGCCCUUCCCGGCUCUCUUCUUCCUCAGCUCCUCAGCCCGAGAGACUUCGGCGUCGGUGCCGGCAACAGCAUUCUUGGAGGGUCCCUCACCCUCCGGGACCUGAGCGACCCCAUCCUUCUUGAAAAACUCGUCGACGGGUUUUUGAACGCCCGCCUCCUUCUUUUUCGAAGGCUCUUUAGUUAGCUUCUUCUUCAGAUGAGCGAAGGAUUUGACGUCCAUAAUUUGGCCUGCAAUAAUAUACGAGUGUCAGAACUACGAUAACAAAAAAAAAACUUGCUAAAUACAAAAGCAAAAGGGCCUUCGGCAACAACCUCCGGCGCUUUCAUAGCCCCGGUCGAUGGGAGGAUAUCUCUCAUCCUUCUCUCCGAUUAGGCGAUAACGCCUAAAGUCAAGCCGAUAUAACUCGUCCGGAAGGAUGGCGUCCUUUAUCUUCAUCACCUUAUCGGAUCCCUCCGGCUUAGCUGUCAACUUCUUUCCUUCUUUAUCAAGGGCUGCAUUUCCCACCUUCGGGUGCCUCCGAAAGUGGUCCCGAAGGGGAACAGGGAAAGGAUUCUCUGCCAUCCUUAUAAAGCAGAAGCGAUCCUUCCAAUUCUUGUGGGAGGAAGGAACCUCCGAGAAUAAUCUCCACUCCGGAACCUGUUGGAGGUUGGCGAAGCCCCCAGCAUGCGAAUGCCCCCAGCAUGCGAAUGCCCCCCUAGACAGAGGUUGAAAGAUAAGAAGAACUGAUCUAAUGUUGGCUUCACCCCUCGGCUCCGGCAUAAGGAGAGGAACCCCGACAGAUAGGAGUGACUAUUUGGCGUCAGCUGGCAGGGGGCAAGUUUCACGAAGCGGAGAUACUCCAUGACAAAUGGAUGGAGGGGAAACCAGAGCCCUAACUCCACCGAGAGGAUAUGCACAGCAAAACAACCCUCUGGGGGAUGCAGUAACACGUCAUUCGGACCCGGCUCUACCACUUGUGCUGACGGCCCAACUAAAAGCUGAGUCUUAAGAUACUCAGCCUCCCCGGCUUUUGUUGUCACUUCAAGCGCGGCAGUGUUCAAAUAAGAAUGCCCCUCGGGUAUCCCAACUGGUCGCCCAGCGUCAACAGCUGCCUGCUUUUUCUUCGGGACCGCCCUCAACUUCCUCUUCUUCUUACCCGGGGCCACCCUCAGAGGCUCCGGAUUCAGCGGCCGGGAGCUGCUAGCCUCCCCAGUACCACGUGGGGGCAGGACAGCGAUAGCUACUCGCUGCCUUUCUUUUUCCUCCUCCUCCUCGGCGACUUGGAGCGCGAGGGCCAUCUCCUCGUCUUCUACCACCUGCUCAAAUUCUUCCGCCUCCAUCUCUGUCCGAAGGACUCCCUGAAUCUCCUCAGCAACGACUGCAUCAUUGCCAGGCGACGACUGCUCGGUUGAAGACUCCACUUCAGAGUAGCUUUCAGGUCCUAGGGAGGGCUCCUUUAAGACAUUUUGGGAAUCGCUACCGGAGGACAUUCUGAUACUAAGAGAGGCGGAGAGUUCUAAAAGAGGAGACUAUUUAAGUAUUUUUAGCCGAAGGCCCCUAAAAUCGCUAACGCUGGAUCAAAGCGAGGAGUAGCAAAGCGCGUUAAGGAAGAAAGCAACAGAAGAGGAACUGACCUCAGAAAGCUUGGGUUGAUCAAAGGAAACUUUCUCUCUCUAGAAUCGAAUUGCCAGAGCUUCGCUAUCUCUCAAAAUCGCGCAAGCACAAAUGAGCUCAGGCUCAGAGUAUUUAUAGGCAAAUGGGCCUCGAGAACUGGGCCUCGAUUUGAAAAGCCCAUCAUUACGGGCCGCCGCCUCAGCCUAUGGGUGGCACCCGCCCCCCAUCAUCCAACGACAAAGCGACACGUGGAGGCCUCUUCCAACGGUCAUAUUCCAACGACUCGAUCUUGGAACUCUUGAGGCAACCUCGGACGAUAGCCUCCGGCUAUUAUUAAUGAGAGCCUUCGGUGGACGUAUGUCGCCAAGCAUCUUCGAGCAACCCGCAACAUACACCUUCGGCUUAUCAAUGUUAUCACCCCUCGGGGGUAAACGCCAACAUCAUAACUCCUUCAGCCCGAACUCGCCUUUGGUCUAAAGGAGUGGGGGACUGGGACACGCCCCUCGGGAAUCACACAUAAAAUAAACAAAAAUUCCCACAUGCAAGAAACCUACGAACAACGCAUGAAGCCCUCGGAUGUAUGCAUCAUCAAACCCUUCGGCGGAGGCAGAGUUUUCCCCAUGUCACUCGCGGGAAUGAAGCAGCCCUCAUCACAACACGUGCAGGCAAUACAUCUAUACUUUCCUCAGAAAACCCUCGACAUGUGAGGGACUGAGGGAAGCCUCCGGCAAUCAGCAGAAGGCAAGUUCUCGAGCAAAAGCGCCCAGCUAACUAAUGGGCCCCCCAGAAGAAUCAAGACAUCCACUCCUUUUCCCUCAAGUACCUUUCGGCAAAAGGAGUGAGGGACUCCUGAUGGAGUAUAUGGCCCAGGAACCCCCGGCCCAUAGACUCCUACUUCUCCUACACAAGUCCGUUGAGCCCAGAGAACAACGCAGGCUCAAAUGCAACGGCCCAAGCCCCAAAAUAGCCCAAAAUACAUACUGCGGUGCCUUCGGCCUCCUUGGCCGAAGGCUCCAAAACUCACAGGAUAGCCUUCUCUGGCAUAAGAAGCUACUGGGAGAAAACGGCAAAAAACAUGAGCCUUUGGCAUUGUCAAGCCCUCGGCAUCAGAGAAGCCUUCGGCUGAACAAAGCCUUCGGUCACACGAGGCCUUCGGCUACACAGGGGUCCUUGUCACAUGGAGCCCUCGGCUACACAAGGAGCCUUCGGCUAAAUAUACUCAAUCAUCGAAGAUUCCUUUUGGAGACAGCCAACCACCGCAUUUAAUACCACGUCACAUCCGCCAACCGCAUUCAAUGCGGUAAACGUAUCACUGCCGGUGCCACCCGGCUGAUGUGACCCUUCGGCCGUUGGAUUACUGACACGUGUACUCUCAUCGCAUUUAUUGCUGCUAUAAAUAGCAGCCCUUAUUCACCUUGUAAAGGGCAUCUCGAGUUCAUUUAAUAAAUCGACUCUCUCUCCUUCUAUUUGCUCUGACUUCUCUCUAAGUUAUUCCCGCGAUAACCCCUAGGAUAAGAUACCCCCGGGUAGACUAUCUAUCAACAGUUUUUACUUUAUUAAUCCACGUGAAAGUCAAAGUUGGCAUAUGAUGACAUUGAUUUUUAUACAAUGACAUUAUAUUACAUUGUCAUAUGAUAACAUUGACUUUUAAACAAUGAAAUUAUAAUAUGUUGUCAUAUAGAGACAAUGACAUACAUAUAUUUUCAUUUUUGUUCUUAUAUUAAUUUUCAAACAAUAAUACUAUCCGAUGUUAUCACAUAAUGAUAUUAUCAACUUGUCAUUGUAAUAAAUAAUGUAGUAAAUAUUUACAAUGUAAUUUCAUGACAUUGUCCAAAAUAAUGCAGAUUCAACAACAUAAAGGCAAUGUUAUUAAGAAAAUUAUAAAGGCAGUGUUAUUAAGAUAACUAUACGAAUCAUGUUAAAUUAUUAUGAAAAUUGUCCACCGCAUAGGCAUCACAACUAAAAAUUAUUAAUCAAAAUUUAGUAUGGACGUAUCUAUAUAUGUACGUUUUAAUGAAAUUAUUGCCAAAACUUUAGAAGAAACGAUUAACGUGUUUUGUUAUGUUUCUGAAAUAGUAAUGGAGAUGAACAUGUUAAUUACAUGAGACUUGAACAAGCGUCGAUCACUCGAUCCAUAGCAAGCCAUGAGACAUUUCGAGAAUAGUACCCACCGGCUAGCAAUUGCGGCGGCAAUAUCACCGUGGUGCGGGCCGUGCGGCGGCACCGAGGUGCGGAGGCAACAGGGCCGAAGUACGGCGGCGAAUCGGAGGUGAGGUGCGGUGGCAGCAGGGUCGACCAACAAGAAAAAUUAUGUUGUUGAUAAAUCUGUUCACCAAUGACCAUCCUGGUCGUUGCCGGCCAUCUGAAUGGCUGCUGCAUAUGUUGGCAGGAGCAUUUAAUUUGCAGGGAGAGAAUUAACACCAUUAGAACCUUACUCACAUGUGUGUCAAUUGGCAAGUUGUACGUCCUCCACUAGGGUCUUCGGCUAAGGCCAAAGAGAACUCAAAAUGACAUUCACUGGAAAGUCUACAUCCCUUAGCUUCUAAGUUCUCUUUUACCACAUGGUUGGCAUGCAUUUAGAAAUAGGUUAUCACCAUUCACCAAUGAAAGGACGAUGAGUAGGAGCGAUAGAGACAAUAUGGCAGGCCAGCAGGACAUGGUCACAAGCUACGAACAAUUAGCCACAGUGCGAAGGAGGUGAAUCUGGUUGUGCUGGAAGAGGAGGUCAAUGACGAAUAAGUGGACACUGUCAUCACUUAAAAAGUGGUGAAAUUCACGAAGCUACAUGAUGUAUUUGCCUCAAUCAUGAGACCUAGUAGGGGAGUCUCAAACAAGAAAAUGGGCAACAAGAGAUUUUCGGAUUCAAGUGCAUAAUCGACCAAUAUGGUGAUUGACUUUGAAGGUGGCAAAGACAAUUAGUAAUACUAUAGGUAGGUUUGUCAUGGUAGAUGAGAAUCAAUUUGAGGGGCGUUGGAGGGCCUAUUUGCGAAUCCGAGCUUGCCUAGAUAUAGAGAAACCUCUUUUGAAGAAUUUGAAGGUGAAAGCAAUCGGGGAAUGUUUAUGGGUAGAUUUCAGGUGUGAAAAAUUACUCGAUUUUUAUGUUACGUGUGAUAUUAUUGACCAUGCAGACAUGGGCGGAGCUAGGGGUGGGCCAACCUAGGCCAUGGCCCACCCCAAAUUUUAAAAAUAGCUUAAUUUUUAAGGUAAAAAAUUUCGUGUAAUUUUUUUUCUAAAAUUUUUUUUUUGUACCGGCCUAGUCCGGCCCAAUGCCCUGGCUCCGCCCCUGCAUGCAGAUAGGCUAUGAUCUCAGGUACGUGGACAACCGAAUCAAUGGUAAGUCAAGGAGUUAGAGUCGUGCACAAGAGUAAAUAAUAGCCGAUGCAAUGAAGGGGUAUAAAUGGCUAGUUCUGGAGAAGGAAAUAAGCAAGGCUUAAAAAGAUGACUGAUUUGGAAGAGACAUCAGUGGUGAAUAAUUCAGCUGAAGCUCUCUCUAGGGUCUCAUGGAGGCGGGUCUAGUGACAAUGUGAAUAUUUUGAUUUUUAAAGCUAUGGUUUUGCUUAUUGGAUGUUUACAAAAGUUUGAUCCAUAACAUUUUGAACAUUUUUAGCGUUCCUCAAUUGCUUGGAUCUUGUGUAAUUAUAUUCUAUAAAUACAAAUAUGUAACAUAAUAUUUAUGUGUCUAAUAAAAUAAUAUUUUUGUUAGUACGAAGUGAUUCCAACUUCGUCGAAUUUUGUCCUCUGAAAAAUCCCUCCCAAAAUUUUAACAUAUGCAAAUACGAGUUGGUCAAACUAUUCAUUAUAUUCCCACUAUCAUCCAAUGAUAUAGUUAAACAUAUAACGUAUGCAUCAUGUGCAACGUACGGGUAAAGAAUCUAAUAUACAUAUGUAUGUAUUGUCUCUGUUCUCACUUUGCUAUUAUUGUAUUUAUAAUGAUAUAUACUAUUAACUACGUUUCCACAUAAUGCUUGGUUGUCAUUAAUUAAUUACUUCAUUUUUAAUUAAUUGUCCAAUAGACGUUUCAUAUAAUCUAAAAUGUUUUAUAGGAAUAAUACAUAGGAUGUUUUCUUUUGGACUGAAAUUUGCUGGUCUGGUCUGGUUAAGUCUGGUCUGGUCUGGUCUGGACUGGUCUAGUCUGGUCUGGUAAACGUCUGGUCUCUGUGUAUUUUUAUAACUACGGAAGUCUGGUCUGGUCUGGUCUGUUUAAGUCUGGUCUGGUAUGGUCUGUUUAAGUCUGGUCUGGUCUGGUCUGUUUAAGUUUGGUCUGGUCUGGUCUGGGACUGAAAACAGUCCAAAAGAAAACAUCCAUAUACUUUACAAGUUAGACAUCCUCAUUCAUGAGAUUAUUUUGGAAUCAUCUUAAUGAAGUGGAAGAUCAUUUUAAAGAUUAGGAUGGAGUAGAUGAGAUUAAUUUGAAAGAUUAUUUAGGUAAAAAAUCUGCUAUCAAAUAUUGAAUUUUAGAUUAUUCAGAAUUACUCCCAAGUUUCAAUAAACAUUUAAACUUAAUAUUUGGAAUGACUAAAAUACAAAUUAAAUAACAUUUAAUAUUUUGGAAAUGACAAAAAACUCCUUUAAAAAUUAAAUAAAUAGAGAUCACGAUUGAUGGGGUUAGCGAUCUUUGAUUUUACCUAUGUGGUAAUUAUAUAACAAGAGAAAAACAUAAAAACUGAAUAUUUAAGUAGUAUAGAUGGAUAUGCUCUUAGGGAGCUGACAAUUUAAAAAUAUGAUCUUUUGGUAGUGUUACAACAUUAUACACUUUAUAAAGUGCAUUAUCACUAUUUUGAGGUAGAUUAUCACAAAGAAAAUGAGACAUUAGUUUGAAACAAUAUAAAAAGGAAAGUCAGACAAUUCGUAGAAACAAAUGGAGUAUUUAAUUCGACCACCGUUAAAUUAAGAUAACAAAUUAACAAAUUUUCACUAUUUUUAAUUCUUCGUCCAUUUACAUGUACCUGAUUUUUCAUCAUAUUCUCUUAAUAAAUACUCCGUAUCAAAAUUAUUUACACACAAUAUUUUUAGAGAUAUUACUCGAAAUAGGACUAAAAAGGUUUGAAAAUUCCAAAAUAGGACUGUCAUGUUUUUAUUCCCAAAAUAGGACUAAUUACUGUCAUAUUUUGGCAGUACCAGACUUCAAACAUGACAAUAUUUUCCAAACAUGACAGUAAUUACUCCUAUUUUGGAAAUAAAAACAUAGUAGUCCUAUUUUGGAAUUUCCAAACUAUUUUAAUUCUAUUUCGGGAACUUUCUCAUAUUUUUAUUGUGAUUAAUUUGGAACAGAAAUUAAAGAAAAUUAAUACUCGUAAGAAACAUUUACCUUCAAAGGAAAGAAGUUAUGUAGUGGCUUUUCUUUCGCUUGUACACUUCAUAGUAAUGCGAAAUUGCGAAUGUGAAUGAAAUUAGGAGCCAGCACGCAAUCCUUCA